CACAAAGGCUGCUGGGAAAGGGCAGAGCCUGCUGAAGCAUUAUGCUUUCUCUGCUGGAAAAAAUGGAUACCCACUUUCUACAGGUCUUGCAUCUUUUUAUAGGGCUCAUUAUUCUUUUUGGGCUCCUGCAAAUCAUUAAGUUGUACCGGAGGAAGAAAGAACUUCUCAAAAACUUCAAGAGUUUCCUAGGACCUUCCAGUCACUGGCUUUAUGGCCACAACAGGGAGGUAAGGAAGAAGGCUUGGAAAAGGGAGGGGGGAUAUUUAUUUGCAGUUGAAGGGGCAGAUGCAAACAUCUUUCUUUCUUUCUUUCUUUCUUUCUUUCUUUCUUUCUUUCUUUCUUUCUUCUUUUUUUUUGAAAAUGAUAUUUAUUGAAGUUUCAAAAAAGGUUACAAAAAUAGGAAAAAGAAAAGAAAAGAAAAAAAAGAAAGAAAAAAUACAAAAUACAGAAAAGUAAAAGCACUUAAAAACAAAUCAAUCUUUCAUUUACUUGUUUCCCUGACCUCCUCACACCUCCCUUUUUUGUAUUCCAGUUCAGUUAGCUAAUUCAGCAAAUCCUUUCCCUCUUUCUUUUUAUCCUAAUCCUUUAACUUAAUAUAUUGUAACUUUAGAUUCUCACCUGUUAACAAUCCAUUUUUACAUACUCCUUUGUAAUAUUGCUGCUAAAACCACGUAACUUCAUUCUGACAUCAUUCUAACAUUCAUUAAUUUUACAGUAUUUCUGUAAAUAGUCUUUAAAUUUCUUCCAAUCUUCUUCCACCAACUCUUCUCCCUGGUCUCGGAUUCUGCCAGUCAUUUCCGCCAGUUCCAUAUAGUCCAUCACCUUCAUCUGCCAUUCUUCCAGGGUGGGUAGAUCUUGUGUCUUCCAAUACUUUGCAAUAAGUAUUCUUGCUGCUGUUGUAGCAUACAUAAAGAAAGUUCUAUCCUUCUUUGGCACCAAUUGGCCAACCAUGCCCAGGAGAAAGGCCUCUGGUUUCUUCAGAAAGGUAUAUUUAAAUACCUUUUUCAUUUCAUUAUAGAUCAUCUCCCAGAAAGCCUUAAUCCUUGGGCACGUCCACCAAAGGUGAAAGAAUGUGCCUUCAGUUUCUUUACAUUUCCAACAUUUAUUAUCGGGCAAAUGAUAAAUGAUAAAUUUUUGCAAGCUUGACUGGUGUCAUGUACCACCUGUAUAUCAUUUUCAUAAUAUUCUCUCUUAAGGCAUUACAUGCCGUAAACUUCAUACCUGUGGUCCAUAACUGUUCCCAGUCAGCCAUCAUUAUGUUAUGUCCAACAUCUUGUGCCCAUUUAAUCAUAGCAGAUUUCACCGUUUCAUCCUGAGUAUUCCAUUUCAACAGCAAGUUACAAACAUCUUUCUUUCUACUUGGCAGGCAGUGUUAUAUAUGGGAAAAUACAGUAUUAGGUUAAAAAGCAGAAUGAGAAUUGUGAUUGCAAAUGUAAGAAGAGAGAGAGUGUGAGUGUGAGUGUGUGCAUGUGCAUAAGUAGAGUGAAUAAGAGGUGACUCUUCUUACUGUCCAAUUCUCCUUCUGCUUUUUCACCCAGUCAGAACAAGAUCACCUUGAAACAUUUCCAGGAUAUUCUCCUCGAAUUCUCACCAGUAGUGUGAUUACAAGCUAGUUCUGGCUUUCAUCAGAUUUACUGAAAAUAUAUUUCACUUGCCACCAAUUUCUCUGUGCUUAUGUGUCUGAUGUGUGUUUUCUUUUGCUUGUAUUGGUGCGUAGCUAUCUUUUGUUUCUUCAUCUUUGUCUUAAAAACAACAACCCUUCCUCACACGUAAGUUGUGCAAUACGGUAGAUGAACACCUUAUAAAGGUGGCAGGAGGGGAAGAGGGAGGGCAAAACCAGCACCACCCAGAAGAGGUGACCAUUGCAAGGUCAUGUUGAUAAGAUCUUCAGUGUACUUUCUGUGAAAAUUUUGACUACUAAUCUUAUAUGCCAUGCAAGUACCUUCUUGUAGAACUCUCUUCAGAAACAAAGUGAAAUAUAAAUUCUCAUUCACUGAAUGAAUGAUUCUCUGGGAUGGGUUCUCCGCCGUAACAUCUACACACUCAGGACAUGAUUUAAUAAACAUUUUAUAUGGUUACUUUCUGUCAUUGCAGAUCCAUCGAGGACAGGAACUAAAGAAAAGCUUGGAAUGGGCAGAAAAAUAUCCUUAUGCCUACCCUAGAUGGUUUGGUGGCUUCGUGGCUGUUUUAGUAGUUAACCAUCCAGAUUAUGCAAAAACUGUGUUUGGUCAUGGAGGUAAGCUUACACACAGCUGCAAAUUUCCCCUUACAGAUGCCCCCAAAGCACAAAUCCCGACUGCCACAGCCCACAGCUGCCCCAUGCCCCAUUCUCCCCAUGGGACCCUCAAGGGAAGCUUCCCGCUUUUCUUGAGGAGGAGCAUUUUUCCAGCGGUAAAUAGGCAGGACAAGUAGCAGAGGCUAGGCUACCAUAUGCAAAUAGCAGCUACACUCUUAACACUUCACAGUGAACUGGGCACAAUAUACUUAUUUCUAAAUUGUACACUGAUGCCUAUUUCACACGAAGCUGUUUGUUUAUAAAGACUGGCUCUUAGACUUUAAGGCAGUGUGUCAGGCGGCAGAGGAAGCAACUCCCACUGCAGGUUGCCAGGAACAGAUAAGACAAGGAAAAGUUCUUAAAAUCUGCUUUUUUAUUCAAUAUUUACAGCCUCUUGGAAUAAUGGCAUUGUCCCGAGUGACUCUCCACACCCUUUUUCUCCCACUUACUCAUUCGUCAUCAUCUCCCCUAUGGGUGGCGCUGAGGGCCCUUUGCUUCUGAGCCCUGUGCUCUCCUACUUUCACUGCUUGCCGGUUUCUGGGAGUGAGGGGUCUGGAAUGCUUUCUAAAGACACAGUGUCUGUCAGCUGCCACCCCUAUGGUGCUUCUUCUUCCUCCUCUUCCAUUAUUUCUCAGCUUUCCCCCUCAUCUGCCUCUGAGCUGUGACCUCCGUCAAACCCCUGUUGUAAUUCUGAACUGUCUUCUUCUUCUCUGGAAGGGUCAGGCUCCACCAUUCCUCCUCUGCCCAGUCCCUGACACAGUGGUUGCGGGGGGGGGGCACUUUCAGCCUGGAGGCCAUAUUUCCUUGUGGGUAAACUUCUGAACACCAGGUGCCAGGAAUGGAGAUGGGGCCAUGUGCAAAAGUAGAUGCAGCAGCGAAUGUAAAAUUCUCCUAUUGUAAAAUAGACUACAUUUUGCACCCCCCCUUCUAUUCUCCAUCCAGACAUGUAAGAGGCAAAAAUACUGCAAUGCAGGAUCAGUGAGGAGCGUAACCUGGUGAAAGGGGUUGAGGCCUGGGGAGACUGAAAUGCUACGAGGGCCCAGCCUGAUGUUUCCACCCCUGCUUUAAGGUUUCAGUUGUGUUUCCUUUGUGGUCACAUUCAGUUUUUAGUCCUAUAGGUCAUGUCCUGAAAUGGCUGGGCUGGAUUUGCGCCACAGCACCUUUCCCUUAAUGAUUAUUCUUUUUGCAGCUCUGGAUUUUGCCGGUCAUCAUGAUUCAGCACGCUAUAGAGAGGCCAAAGUCCAAGCUAACUAGUAACAAGCUCCUACUAGUGCUUGUGUCGGUGAUGUAAUACCAGCCUAGAGAUAUGAGAGCAGUCAAUUGCGGCAUCAAAGAGGGUGCCUUUCAAGCUGGAUUUGGCAAGGAGCACAAUCUUAAAGAAAUAAACAGCACCCUUGUCAGUUUUGUACAGGUUCAUCAGUACCUCUUUGAAAACCAAAUGCCAUCUCAAAACAGAUUGGUCUGCUUAAAAUUUAAAAAUAGACAAAGUUUGGAAUAUUCACUAUAGUUUACCUUUGAUUUCAUCCUGUUUUUGUUUUUGUCUUGCUUUGAGCAAUGAGUGUGUAUAGGAUUGCAACCUCAAAACAAUAUUUUCUGUUAUAUAUUUUUUCAGAUCCCAAGGCUAUGACGACCUAUAAGUUCUUCCUCCCUUGGAUUGGUAGGUAAAAUGAUAAUUCAUCAUCAUAUAUAUAUGAUGUUGCUAAGGUGCUGAUAUAUAUAUGGGGGGGAGGGGAGAGAGAGAGCACGCUUGGCUAUCUGCAUCUUGGGUAUCUUGUUUCCUGAACCUCAGUCAUCCCACAUAUCUGAUGAUCUCAGUUCAACCUGUCACCUGAAGUUGCUUCACAUCAGUAUAAGCAAAGGCAAAGAGCAUUUAUCCCAUUUACCCCAGGUUUUGCUUUUAAGUGUGUCUCACACAGGAUAUGUAGUUAAAUAAAGGAUGAUGUUUUGCUCUUCUUUUUGUAUAAAGAACAAUCCUGUGCCUAAAUAUUUCAGUCUCAAGCUUGCUUUAUUGAAUCAAGGUCAAGACCCACUAUCCAUAGUGCUUGUUCAUAUUAUGCAGUUCCAAGCAGAAUUUCAUUCAGAACCUUUUACCUUGAUUUUUUUUUUUUAGCUGAAUGGUAAGGUAGAGAUUUUAAACAAAUUGAACAAAUCAGAUGUGCAACUUGGAGGGUUCUCCUGUCGAAAAUGAGCAUUUUAAAGUGCUGUUGCUUUCUAUGGAAGCAUUUAUCACAUGGUUAAUUCUCUUUUGUUAAAUCAGUUUGACAGGAUCCUGUCUCUGGGCUUUCAGUCCUCAUUAAGGUUGCAUUCCUAGCUAGUCUUACCUAGGUGUAAGUUCCACUUAUUUUGGACUUAUUUUUGAGUAGACAUGGUUCAUUCUUAGUCCUGUCAGAGAGGUAUGAAAAUGUACAGAAUGAGUCUCUGAUUCAGGAAAUAUGGCUCUAUUCACCCCAUACCUCCCAAUAUUUCUGCCAGUAUUCCCAUUCUCAAAAAGCUAUAUGGCUCCUGAAAUGGAACCUCUGUAUAUCCUAACCCAUCCAAACCCUUCCCACAAAAAACCUUUUAGAUUAUGUAAACAGGUAUUUUUGACUUGCAGAAACUGACAUAAGAAUAGUGCUGGUUUCUCCUUCUGCUUCUAGAGUAGUCCUUUUUGGAAAACCUGGUUGGACUCCCAUCAGCCCCAGCCAGCAUGUCCAGCAGUCAGUGUUGGCUGGCAUUAGAGCAAUAUUUGGAUGACCACAGAUUCCCUACUCACAGGUUCCCUACCUAUUGAUAUUUCCAGCACGUUGUCAUUGCAAAGUCCUUCCCACUGGAAUCCUCUCUGAAUAUGUACGUGGAUAGCUCAGUUGGUUAGAGCACGGUGCUGAUAACGCCAAGGUCACAAGUUUGACCCCCAUUUGGGACAGAUGCAUAUUCCUGCAAUGCAGGAAGUUGGACUAGGUGAUCCUCAGGGUCCCUUCCAGCUGUACAAUUCCAUGUCUAUAAACAGAUGAUUUUAUUAGGAAAACUCGCAUCCCAGAAAUCCUGAGCUCUCUUUGGAUCAACAGUCCUGCAAUGUUCUGAAUGGAAUCUUGUUCUUUGUGCCCACAGGAAAAGGACUUCUGAUCCUGGAUGGACCAAAGUGGUUUCAGCACCGCCGACUGUUAACUCCAGGGUUCCACUAUGAUAUUUUGAAACCUUAUGUAGCACUGAUUGCAGAUUCAACCAAAGUGAUGCUAGUAAGUAGGAUGACUGAUGUUGCUAAGGUGCUGAGAUGCUGGUAAAAUGUUGAUGAUACUAAUGGGAUAGUUACCUCUCUCACAGUUGGGAUUGGUCAUAGUUCAGUGUAAGAUGGAAUAAGGGGCAGGUAAAUGUUAUGGUCUAAUACUGGAAUGCCCUGAACUUGAAUGGCAAAAUAAUAACUGGUGAUUUCUAUAUGCAGUGAGUGGGCUCAUCCAAUCCACUCUUAUCCCUUCAAAACAGAGAGGGCAAGUUCACAUUAUCCACUGAUGGUUAGCAAGGAUAAAUGUUACGGACACGUCAUAAGUUAGGCCCUGUCUGCACUACACAUUUAAAGCAGAAUCAAAGUACUUUAAACAGUCAUAAACUUGGGAAGUGGCGUUUGUUAAGGCUGCAUAAAUGUAUAGUCCAGAUGGAGUCUGCACUAUAGAACUGUUCAUAUGGUAAGAAAACUCUGAUAUUUGACCUGGGACAGCCAUUCAAUAAAAUGCUGUUCAGGAUCUGGGAAGUUAACUCUCCUUAUCUUUGCUUUCUGUUCUAGGAUAAAUGGGAGAAGAUGAUUGACAAGGAUGCCACAAAAUCACUGGAGAUGUUUGAACAUGUCAGUCUGAUGACUCUGGAAAGCAUCAUGAAAUGUGCCUUCAGUUACCAGAGCAAAGGGCAGACUCACAGGUUGGUGUCUUGUUUUAUUUUUAAUUCCCCCCCCUAUAAAGCUGGCCUAUACAGUAGAUUUUUUUUUUACGAUGCCCAUUUCCAUUUAAACUGAAGGUGUUUUCACAAAACUGCACAAGCAGCAGCAACAACAGCAACAGCAGCAGCAACAACAACUGUCUGCUUUUUCUUUCAGAGAGUUGGAUUCUUACAUAAAAGCAGUUUAUGACCUGACCUAUUUGGUGUCACAGAGAGUCCGUACCUUGUUGUAUCGGAUUGAUCUCAUUUAUAGAUGCACAGCAGCUGGGCGCAGGUUCCUGGAAGCCUGUAGAGCGGCACACCAACAUACAGGUAAUACCCCACCAUCAGUUUCCUCCUUCAUUUACAAGAGAACUAGCUAAUGACAAUUUGAGAGAUAUACUUUCCUCUAGCCCUUUGAGAAGAGUCACCAUGGCUGCCUGGAGACAGAACACUCACUUGCAGAGGCAGAUGAACUUGACAGCAGCAAGACAAAGGAACAGUAUCAGAAGGUUCUGGGGUUGGUAGUGAGCAAGGUGGGUGGGGCAAGGAUCCUUGGGACAUGCCAGCUGUUGAUAGAGGCCCUGAAUCACUCUGUAUUUGUCUAGUGACUUCUGACAUGUGUGGAGUCUAUCAUACCCACCCAGUGUUUACUUCAUCUGAUUGCUGGGAACUUGGGGCAGUAUUGCCUUUGCAGAAGUGUAAAGUCUCAGAGACUUAAUUCCUUAACAUUUGUCACACAGACAAAGUCAUAGAAGAAAGAAAGAAAUCUUUUAGGAAAGAGGGAGAACUUGAAAAAAUCAAACAAAAACGGCACCUGGAUUUUCUGGAUAUUCUUCUUUGUGCCAAGGUAAGAAACUUCAAAAUGGCAAUGCAAUGGACAGUUUUUGCUAUGUGGCAUCAGUAGACACAUGAAUAACACUAACUAUCCUGCAAUAGAACAUGAAGCAUGACAUCCAACCAAACAACAAUAGUAUAUUUGAGAUAAUGAGAGCUAAAAGUUAGAAACAUUUAGCUGCUAACCAGCUCUAAAAGUAACUACACUGGCUUCCUUGUCUUCUACACUGGCUUUCUGGUCCUCCCUGUUCCCUUAUAAUCCUUGAUGAUGUAUUAGUUUGAAGUAGGGAUGCAUCUGGAACUGCACCGAUCACAUAGGAAUCUUCCAUACUGGCUAUUUACUGCAGCAUUCCUCAACUUUCAGUUUCCAAAUGUUGUUAGCCUACAGCUCCUAUCCCUCCAAGUUUGCUUACCCAUUGUUUGGGGAUGAUAGGAGUUGUAGACCAGCAACAGCUCUGGGGAGCCAAGGCUGAAGAAAAUUGAUUUAUUGAGCCUUUAUGCUGAUAUGUUCACAGACAAAAAAUAAAAUAAAAUAAAUGCUCUGUUAUCCAGUGUUAUCUGUUUAAUCGGCAUUCAUCCUGAUAGGUUCAUGGGGAGGCUAUACACCAUUGCCUCCUAGUCAGGUUUUUGCAGUUUGAAACAUUGAACCAUUAAAUUGUAGAGUUGGAAGAGACCCUGAGGAUCAUCUAGUCCAACCCCCUGCAAUGAAGGAAUAUGCAGCUGUCCCAUAUGAGUGACAAGAUAGUUUCACCAGAAAGUGCAGAAUAACUAGAUUUUAUAUGAAUAAAAAUUUCCAACUGGAAGCACAUGGAAAGAGUGUGGGGUAUCUCAUCUCUAGCAGCAAAAAGCAUAUGUAGGUGAAGAGUGAUGAAGCCUUCCAUCAUCUGUGAAUAUUAUACCCCUGAUGAAGAAAUAAUCAAGUAAAUGAGUAACAGGGUUCUUUUUAAAAAAAAAAAAAAAAAGUUUCUUAAGUCCUUUAACCAUAGCUGUCAACUUACAGAUUUGAAAAUAAGGGACCAGCAGCCUUGAAAAUAAGGGACCAGCAGCCAAAAUAAGGGACCUGCAGCCUCACCUGCUCCAGGCACUCCAGUCUUCCUGUCCUCCUGCAGUCUGGUCAAACUCAUGCUGGUAGCUUCGAGAACACUGUCCAACCAGCUUUGUAACCAGAGGUUCAACUGAAUAGAAUCUGAAUCACAUGCACCACAAGGCCUAUGCAGCCUCAACUUAAGAUGGCUCCCUGGCCUGGCUUUGCACUGCAAAGUUUGCAGCAGCACGUGCAACAAAAUGGCGUCCAACAUUCAAAAAACCCCUCAGCUUGCAUUAACUAGCCACACACAAGGCAUGCAAGCUCCACCCCCCAGUCAUUCUUAGACUUCUUAUUGGGUGAGCAACACAGCCAAGCAACACAGUUGGAGCCUCCCUCCUCCCUGGCCGACAGGGAGGGAGGGAGAGGAGCUGCUUCCUUUGAAAUUUAAGGGACAUCAUUUAAGGGACAUUUAAGGGACAUACAUCAAUAAGGGACAGCAGUGGGACAUGGCGCUGGAAUAAGGGACUGUCCCUUCAAAUAAGGGACACUUGACAGCUAUGCCUUUAACCAUGGUAAUCUUUUAAAUCUCUAACCAUUUCUAACUCAUCAAAUAGCUAAUCUCCUUUUUUUCCUUCAGGAUGAAAAUGGUGUUGGGUUAUCUCAUGAAGAUCUGCGUGCUGAAGUGGACACUUUCAUGUUUGAAGGCCAUGAUACCACAGCCAGUGGGAUCUCUUGGCUGUUAUAUGCAAUGGCCCAGAACCCAGAACACCAGCAAAGGUGCAGGGAGGAGAUAAAGGAGACUCUGGGAGAUCGAGACACAAUUCAGUGGUGAGACCUCUAACUCUGCUUUUUCUAUACUUGUAUUGCCUGUUUGAAGGGAAAGGAUAAUUGCUUUCUCAUUCUAGAAUCAGAAGAUCAGUUUAAUAGGCCAAUCACAGAGACUCCUUUAUGAUUUCCCUUUUGCUCCUUUGUCUCCGACAAACACUUAGACCCCCAAGUUCUAAGUAUGUUUACUUUCAAAAGAUACAGGUGGGAGUUGGCAGUUGUUGAGUUUUUCCAUAUAUAUUUUUUGGUCUAUUUAUGUACUUACAUAUUUAUUAAUUUUAUAUCCCGCCCUUCCUCCCAUUAUUACGUGAUGAGUCUGCUGGGAUCUUGAUUGUCUUCGUCUUUUAUGUCCUUCGGUUUAUGUGCUUCCAGCUUUGAUAUGUAAUGAAAAGCUUCCUUUUUUGGGGAAAAACUUGACGCACAUAAUUAGAAUUCUGAUAAAAUCAUAACAUCUACAGUGGUACCUCAGGUUACACACGCUUCAGGUUACAGACUCCGCUAACCCAGAAAUAGUACCUUGGGUUAAGAACUUUGCUUCAGGAUGAGAACAGAAAUCACAGGGUGGCGGCAGCAGGAGGCCCCAUUAGCUAAAGUGGUACCUGAGGUUAAGAAUGGUUUCGGGUUAAGAACAGACCCCCGGAACGAAUUAAGUUCUUAACCAGAGAUACCACUGUACUGAAAUGAGUGGGACAAGUAAGUCAUAACUAAUUUAGCUCAUUGAUUUCAAAGGGACUAAAGCAUCAUUCUCCAGCCAGGUGCCCUUCAGAUAUUUUGGACUACAACCAUGUUAACUGGGGCUGGAGUUGUAGUUCAAGUCAUCUGGAAGGCACCACGCUGGUGAACGCUAGACUCAAGUAUGACUAACUGACUUUGGAUCCAACUCACCAUUUCCACAUCUAGAGACCUGUUUAGACAAUCAGUAUGUGCUGGUACUGCAGUGGCAAGGGAAAGUCAAGCCCAUGAUUCCUCACUAUUCCUCUCAUCUGUUCAGUACACCUAGGUACCAAAUAUCUGAACAGGGCUUAGGUCUUCUAGCCAUCAACUCUAUUAGAGCAGUGUUGUCACUGGAGAUUUGUGAUAGAGAGAGAACGAGAACCAAGGUGUAUAACACUGUGAUAUAUUUCACACCCUUGCUACCUUGUUUGACCAGUUGCACAGCUGCUGAAAGAUCCUAUCAUAUUAGUUGGAAAUGUUGUUGCUCAAAUGUGGUUUCAUCUGAAUUUUUCAGGGAUGACCUGGGGAAGAUUCCUUACACCACCAUGUGUAUUAAGGAGAGUCUCCGUCUUUACCCUCCAGUGCCUGGCAUCUCCCGGCAGCUUAGUAAACCCAUAACUUUUUGUGAUGGACGCAGCUUACCUGAAGGUUAGUUCAGAUUGGCCCUUUUCUGUUGCCCAUGGUCUACCUUCUCCUGCUGAAAUCAAGGAGACUUAAAAAUGUUGCAUUGUAUUCUUUGUAAACUGACUCAAAGUCAAAAUUUGAUGGUGAACUUCAGGUGUCAAAACCACAUUCUAGAUUACAGUAAUGUUAUGAAAUUUUCAAUUACAAUGGAAGGUAUUAUUUGCAAACCAAAACGGAAAGGUUUGGAAUAUGUGCAUUUGACCAUUGUUUGCCCAUUCAGAACUUACUGCAACGUCUCUUUCUAAAUCAGUGUGGUGAACCUCUGGCCAGCAGAAUUAAUUAGGGUUAUCAGAUCCCAAUUUGUCAGCGAGUCCACCUUUGCCAGCUGGCAGCCAUGGCUUGAUUCAAACCACACCUGCAAACAGGCUGCUGAUCAGCUGAUCAGCAGUUACUGCAAGCCCAUUUGAACUUUGACAGAUGGGUGCUGGCUGGAUCCAGUCCCCCCUAACCCUGUUAUAAACAAACCCACUCUACUAGCUUCCUCCUGGCACCUGUGUAUCUUCACAGAGAAUACACUCAGUGCAGCUUUGAAAUUAGUGGUUAAGAUCUCUCAGUUUUGAAAUUAGUUUUGAAGUUAGUCGUUAAAAUCUCUGUUUUGAAAUGUUCAGUCCGCUAUCUUGAUUCAAAAUUGCAUCAAAUUACAUCUAAGCAAAAAUCAAAACCUGCUCCUUUCCUUGGCACCCAAAAUUUGGUUACUAUAUAUAUCUUAAGAGGCUCCAUAUGCAAAGUGAACGAACAACUUCCCAAAAUAUAUAGACGAUAAGGAUGAUAACUUUCAGAACUCAUGCCUGAGCUUGUUUCCCCCCUCUUCCCUCUCCACCUCCCUUUCCUCACAUUCCAUGAAUUUAUGAGGGCAAGCCUAUGGAUUUUUGUAAACUCUGGGAGCCUUUUCAAUUAAUGAACAGGGUAAAAAUGCUUUAAAUAACUAACACAGAAAUGAAUGCAACAUUGACCCCAUUUACUGAUAGAAAGCAGCUUCACUGUGAAGUGAAGCGAAGGCUACAAUGGGAGGGAGCGCUUAACACUUUUCCUGCCGCUAUCUCUUGACUCUGAAUUGCCCACCCAAAAUUUCUCCUCAGGUUUCCAAAUAUCAGGCAAUUUGGAGCAAAGAAGUGGCAAGACAGGAACAUGUUAAAAAUAUGUGUUGCAGCUUUAUAUUGCCUUUACUCGGUGUGGCUUUUUUUUUUUUUUUGGCAGGGGAACUAUGGUUAUUGGUGUGUUGUGUAAUCUCUAAUUGUGCACAAUGUUUAUGUGGUCCCUCUCAGAGGUGUGGCUAAUAUGUUCCAUCAAUUUGAGUAGGACAUACAUGCAAGUCCAUUUAGCUGGAUCAGAACCAUAAGGUCCUUCUGCCCCCAACAUUGCUUCUUUGUCUUCCUGCUCUGAGUUGAAAUGUUAACUCUGAGAUAGGUCUUCGGUAAUGGCAGUGCUUGGAUAUUGAAAUUAAUCAUGUUAACACUUUAUGUUACAGGUUCCCUGGUGGCAAUUAAUAUUUAUUGUAUCCACCGAAACCCUAGUGUAUGGCAAGACCCAGAGGUAAUAAUUUGUCGUUAUAGAUAAAGGCAUGUGACAACAUCUGCAACUAGUUUCAGAGCUGGAAUACAUAGCUGGUGGAUUUUAGCCAAACUGCAUUUUUAAAAUUAAAGGUGAAGUGAUCGCAUGGCACAACAAUUAGAUAAUCUCAGCUACUGAGGAUGUUGCCCUUUGAGUCAUACUAAGGGCUCGUGCAGACUUUCUUUUGUGCCACAUUUUCCAGGCACAGGUCAGGGCUAUAAAGCUCCAUGUCUGUGUAUGUGGUUUUUUGUCCUGGCGCUUUCCCUGGGAAAACCCAUGUUUUACUGCUGAAUUGAAGCAAAUGGCAAUCUGUGGGGAACCUGACUACCAUUUCCUCCAAUUAAAAUGGUACUGUCAGGGGUUCAGGGACAGAGGCACAGGGUAGGGAGGAGAUGGAGAGCGAUGGGGGUGAAUCCCAGGACAGCGAGGAAGAGGAUGACAAUGACUCAAGAGAUUCCAUGAGUCUUUCCAGCGAAUCAGAGGAUUCCCAGAAGGGGGCGCCAGUGGUCAAGGCCAGGGGAGCCCCAGGGGGGACGUGUCAGGAACAGGGGGCCAGCGGGGGAUCCCAAAGUGGCAGCUGGGCGUCAGGACCAGCCUCCCCGCCAGAGUGCAGCGAAGGGGGUGGAGGUUCCAGUGUAUCAGGGGAAGCAGCUCCGGCAGCAGAGAAGGGAGGGAGGUCGGAGCAAGCCACCCUCCCGGAAGGGGAGGGGAGUAGUGUAACUGUCAAAAGGAAAGUUAGAGGUUGGGCGCGCGCGCCAAGUUCAAAUGUAGAGGCGCGCGGAAGUACAGGGAGCCCGGAGGAAGGGCCAGGUCCUAAAGCCCGCAGGAGGGGGGAAGAGCAGUCGGGGGAUAGCGCGUCAGGGGAAUCCAGGAGGGGCGAAACCCCAGCGGGCAGGAAGACCCUGAGGAAAAGGAAAGAGAGAAAGAGGUGGAGCAGCGCAAGGCUCUUAAACUGGUGCAGGGGAGGGACUGACUCAGAGGGGACUUCAACGGUCUAAGCGUACAGACGUGGGGCUGCGCGCCUCGGAUAUGAAGCAAACAAUGAACUGCAAUAAACACUUUUGUAUGUAAGAAGAGAUUGGCGUUGGUCUUUUGUGAGCUGAGACCUGAGGCAGCCUUGACAGUAAGUCCCCUCUCCACAGAAACCGCAAAUUUUUUUUUUUUUUUUGCAAAGCUCACGAAGUUUGGCAGACAUGACUACUGAGGAGCAGAUAGCGUCCCUGCAAAACGCAGUCACCGAGCUCUCCACUGCGGUAGUGGUCUCUCAGAAGACAGUUGCCGAAGCAGAAGCGCGAUGCCAGGAUCUGCAAGCCAGGUGGGAUCAUGCGUGCAAAGAGGGGUUCCCGGGUCCAGAUCAGAGGGAAUCGGACUCGGACGGAGGGGGGGCAAUUUAGUAGCCCACUUCGAUGGGAACCUGAAGCAUUAUCCCAAUUUCAGAGCAGACGUCGUAUACGCGCUGCAUUUGCUUCGAAAAGACUUCAAAGAUGAGGAGGAGAAAGUAGGCUUUAUUGUGUCCCAUUUGCAUGGGGAAGCUAGAACCUGGUUACGCAAUUUGUGGCGCGAAGAUGGUCUUGCCCGCAGGGACUCUGACGAAUUUAUCAAAGCCAUGGACGCUUGCUUCCAAUCUACCGUUGACGUUGAUGUGGCGCGCCAGGAGAUGCAUGGAUUGCGGCAGGGCAAGGCUACAGUGCGUCAGUACCAUUCUCGCUUUUUGCAUUGCUGAAUGUGCUGGGCUGGGAAAAGGACUCCUGGCAGUGAGAGACUUGUUCUGGGAGGGGCUUCAUGGCUCCGUAAAAGAUGAGCUGGCCAGGGGGGACAGACCUCAAACCCUAGCAGACGUCGUGCAGAGGGCACUCACGAUAGGGGUGCGCCACGAAGAACGCCCUUGGCACAGUGAGGAGGGGCGUCACGUCCGCACACCAGCUAGAGCGCCUCCUUUUCUUCCCAGGGACCUGGGACGUACAAAUCCCUCGCCUAUGCUGAGGGGGGAGGAACCAAUGGAGCUGGGUGGUGCAAAGGCUCAGACAGCUGCCGGAGCCUCAGCGUCCGGAGCAGUCAAGGCGAAGCCUCCUAGAGGGACCAGGAAGUGUUACAUCUGUGACAGUGCACAGCACAUGGCUAAAGAGUGUCCCCAGAGGCUCCAGAAGCACACUGCAGCCUUAGCAACAGUAACAGAAGCAGCGCUACAGGGAGAGCAGUUUCAGGGAAACGGCAAUGCCUGGCUGGAAGCAGGAAUGCUGGGGCACAGCCAGGCGAGUCAGUAAAGCAGUCCCCAGCGCUUUUGCAGCCUACAGAUCCCUUACCACCCAAGCCAGUGGUACAGCUCACUGCUACUCUCCAGCUACCUAAUGGACUCACCCUGGAAGUCCCCAUUACAAUUGACUCAGGGAGCAACGCAGACUUCGUGGGGAAGCAGUUCAUCAAGCAGCAUCGCAUAGCGCUUCUACCAGCCACGCUGCCUCUGAACGUCGUCACCGUAGAUGGCAGGAAGUUGCUGGGCGGGCAAGUGGUACAGCAGUCGCCACCCAUGGUGCUGCAGAUCGGGAAUCAUCGCGAGGUCAUCAGUUUCAACGUCACCCGCCUGUCAGACACGCCUAUAGUGUUAGGCAUGAGUUGGCUGGAUAGACACAGCCCAUCAUUAGCGUGGUACCAGCGGCAGCUCACCUUUGGCUCGUCCUACUGCGCACAACAUUGCAUCCAGACCGGCCAGGAGGAGGAGGGCCAGGAGGAGGGGCAGCAGUUGCAUCUCGGCAUGGUGCAGGCGGUGCCCCACAAGUACAAGGGGUUUUUGGAGGUCUUCUGCGAAAAGGAAGCUGACCAAUUACCACCCCACAGGCCCUACGACUGUGCAAUUGACCUCCUACCAGGGGCGACGCUGCCGACUGCGAAGCUGUAUUCCAUGUCUGAAGAUGAGAUGCAGGAACUCAGGGAGUUCAUAGAUCACAAUUUGAAGCGGGGAUUCAUCCGAGAAUCCAAGGCAGUGGGGGGCAGUCCUGUGUUUUUCGUGAAGAAGAAGGACACGCCCCAAAAACGGCUCAUUGUGGACUAUAGGGCCAUAAACUCGAUGACAAAGCCCAAGGCCUUCCCCAUGCCCAAGAUUGACGACCUGCUCGCGACGGUGAGGAAGGGGAGGAUCUUCACCAAGUUGGAUCUACGCGGAGCAUACAAUCUAAUACGCAUGAGGGAAGGUGACGAGUGGAAGACGGCCAUGUUCACGCCGCUGGGCACCUAUGAAUACAGAGUUAUGCCGUUUGGUCUCCAAAAUGGCUCCCACUGUUUCCAAGCAUUCAUGCACCACGUGCUAGCAGGACUCCUCUACAAGAAGUGCGUAUGCUUCCUCGACGACAUUCUGAUCUUCUCAGAAUCGCAGGAGACUCACGAGAGAGACGUAAAGGAGGUCCUGCAGAGGCUACGGGAGCACAGACUCUACGCCAAACUGGAGAAGUGCCAGUUCGACGUGACGGAGGUGGAUUUCCUGGGCUACCGGCUGUCCGACAAGGGACUAGCCAUGGACAGCGCCAAAGUCCGCGCGGUGUUGGACUGGAAUAGCCCGCGCAAUCGGAAGGAGGUCCAGAGGUCUCGUCGGCUUCGCCAACUUUUACCGCAAGUUCAUCAGGGGUUUCGCGAAAGAGACGGCAGCUAUCACGGACACCCUCAGUUCCAAGAAGAAAAAGUUCACCUGGACGGACCAGGCGGAGCAGUCCUUCAGGAGACUUAAAAGCCUCUUCGCGUCCGAAGAACAGCUGCUACACGUGAAUCCCGGCAGGCCCAUGCGGGUUGAGACUGACGCAUCUGACAGAGCAUUGGGGCCGUCCUCUUGCAGGAAGAUCCGCAAGGGAACUGGAGGCCCUGCGCUUUCUAUUCCCGGAAGCUCAGCAAGUCGGAACAGAACUACACCAUCUGGGACAGGGAGUUGCUGGCCAUCCACGCGGCUUUCAAGGCGUGGCGGCACUUCCUCAUCGGAGCCAAGCACACCGUGCAGGUCCGCACGGACCACAAGAACCUAGAGUAUUGGCGCACGGCGAAGCUCCAGAGCCAGAGGCACAUAAGAUGGGCGGAGUUCUUUGCGGAUUUCGAUUUCAGGAUAGAGUAUAUCCCGGGAGACAACAACGUCAUAGCGGAUGCGCUCUCCAGGAAACCGCAGUAUCUCGAGGAAGCGGCACCAGUGGCAGCCAGGCACAUUUUCGCACCGCAAGCGUGGGCAUGCGCUUCCGCCGCCGUGGACCUGGACGCGGUACGACGCGCGCUACAGACGGAUCCGUUCGCACAAUCCAAGAUGGAGGAGGUGCGAAGAGGGACAGCAAAGGACGGCGAAUUCCAGAUACGCGACGGCCUGCUGACCCGCAAAGGUGCUCUCUACGUGCCGGGAGACGAUCUCCGCGCGAAGGUUCUACAGCAGUUACACGACGCACCCAGCGCGGGUCACUUCGGCAAAGAAAAGACGGCGGACUUAGUAGCCAGAGACUUUUGGUGGCCCCAGAUGCGGGGAGAGGUCGCGGAUUACGUCGCCAGGUGUGACACUUGUCAGAGGUCCAAGCCAGUGCACAAGAAGCCAGCGGGAUUGCUGGAACCGCUGGAGACGCCACUACAGCCGUGGGAUAGGGUGGCGCUGGACUUUGUUACUGAUCUGCCCAGUUCGCGGGGCAAGACGGCGGUGCUUGUGGUUGUAGAUCUGUUCACCAAGAUGGCGCACUUCAUUCCUUGCGCGAAGGUGGCAACAGCGGAACAGACCGCCAAGCUGUUCAUAGACCACGUGUUCCGGGUGCACGGCUUACCGCGGUCCAUCCUGUCCGACCGGGGUCGCCAAUUCAUUUCCAGUUUCUGGCAGAAGCUCCUGGGCAUCCUGAAUGUCAAGAUCAACUUAGCGUCGGCGAGACACCCGCAAACCAACGGCCAAGCGGAGAGGGUCAACGCCAUCAUGCAGCAGUACCUGCGAUGUUACGCCAAUCAAAAGCCUGCAACUUGGGUGGACUACUUACCGAUGGCCGAGUUUGCCUACAACAACACGAAGCACGCGUCAACGGGGGUGACACCGUUCUUCGCCAACAAUGGGCGACAUCCCAGAACCUUCCCGGCGUUGGAGACAACGACGCAGGGGGAGUCGCAGGGAGCUGAGCAUUUAGCAGCAGAAUUGCAGGAGGUCCACGAGGAGCUACGACGGCACUUGGAACUAGCUAAACACGCCUACAAAGUGCAGGCAGACAGGCACAGGAGGGCAGGAGAAGACAUCCAGGUGGGGGACUGGGUAUGGUUAGCAGCCCAGGCGGUGCCGGCCAAGUCGUUAGCUAAGAAGAAGCUAGGACACAAACAGCUAGGGCCAUACCAAGUUGAGGGCAGGAUCAAUCCCGUAGCUUUUCGGUUGACCCUCCCAGAAGGUUCCAGAAUGCACCCGGUCUUUCAUAGGUCGGUGCUUACACCCUACAAGGCCCCACACAGAUUUCAGGAGCCAGGGACGGCACCAGACCCACGUAGAAAGUCACCAGGGGGGGGGGAAGUCACCGAGGAUCCCGACACUCAACGAGGUCACGGAAAUUCUGGACUCGAGAUGGGGGGAGGAGGGAGUGGAAUACCUCCUCGCCAGGGAAGGUACCCCGGCCAGCGCCAACAGUUGGGUGCCAGAUUAUGCUCUGGAGGAACCUCUUCUUAAAGACGAGUUCCAUGCACUCUUCCCACACAGGCCCAUGCCAGCGGAGUAUUUUGACGACUGGCUUUUACGCCCACACUUUCAGACAGCACCUUCCCGGGGUUCUCCUCCGCAGAGGAGACCACGCCGGAAUCGAGCCCUCCAAGGGGAUCGUGCUCGGGGGUGGACACGGACCGCUCUUAUUGGUGGGACGAUCAACCAGAAGUGGGGUGGCGAAGGGGGCCUUGGCAAGCAGCAUCGCCUGAAGUAACAGGGGGAGGGAAGGGUUUGGAUGUGUUGGGGGAGGACCCCGGUUUCGAGCACUCAUACACUGAACUGGAAGCAGAGGAGAUCGACGUUGACGAACUGUAUCCAGCAUCUACCCCCGCUACAACGGAGCUCCCGGAACCUGCGCCCGAGCAGCGGGAGGGGGGAAGGGGGCUUCGAGGGGGAUGGAUGUCAGGGGUUCAGGGACAGAGGCACAGGGUAGGGAGGAGAUGGAGAGCGAUGGGGAUGAAUCCCAGGACAGCGAGGAAGAGGAUGACAAUGACUCAAGAGAUUCCAUGAGUCUUUCCAGCGAAUCAGAGGAUUCCCAGAAGGGGGCGCCAGUGGUCAAGGCCAGGGGAGCCCCAGGGGGGACGUGUCAGGAACAGGGGGCCAGCGGGGGAUCCCAAAGUGGCAGCUGGGCGUCAGGACCAGCCCCCGCCAGAGUGCAGCGAAGGGGGUGGAGGUUCCAGUGUAUCAGGGGAAGCAGCUCCGGCAGCAGAGAAGGGAGGGAGGUCGGAGCAAGCCACCCUCCCGGAAGGGGAGGGGAGUAGUGAAGGGAGUAGUGUAACUGUCAAAAGGAAAGUUAGAGGUUGGGCGCGCGCCAAGUUCAAAUGUAGAGGCGCGCGGAAGUACAGGGAGCCCGGAGGAAGGGCCAGGUCCUAAAGCCCGCAGGAGGGGGAAGAGCAGUCGGGGGAUAGCGCGUCAGGGGAAUCCAGGAGGGGCGAAACCCCAGCGGGCAGGAAGACCCUGAGGAAAAGGAAAGAGAGAAAGAGGUGGAGCAGCGCAAGGCUCUUAAACUGGUGCAGGGGAGGGACUGACUCAGAGGGGACUUCAACGGUCUAAGCGUACAGACGUGGGGCUGCGCGCCUCGGAUAUGAAGCAAACAAUGAACUGCAAUAAACACUUUUGUAUGUAAGAAGAGAUUGGCGUUGGUCUUUUGUGAGCUGAGACCUGAGGCAGCCUUGACAGGUACAAUGUGGGUUUUCUUAGGGAAAGUGCCAGGACAAAGCACAAAACAAAAAAACAAAACACCUACUCGGAUACGGAGCUUGAAUGCCCAGACCUGUGCCUAGAAACAUGGCACAAAAGGAUGUCUGGAUGAGUACCAGUUGCUGGACAGCAACGGUGAGAGAGGGCUGUUGCCUUCAAAACCUGCCUGUAGGCUUCUCAAAGGCAUCUAGUUGGCUACUCUGCAAAGCAGGAUGCCGGAUCUUUGGUGUGAUCCAGCAGGCCUUUUAUGUUUUGAAAGCAGAACUCUAGCAUCAAUAAGGGAACAAUUUGUAAUCAUGUUCCCCUUGCCAUUUUCUGCUAAAAAGAAUCACUCCUAAAUGCAUUUUGACUGUUGGUGUGAAAUUGUGUGCAAAAUAUGUGUACAUAAUGAUCAUGCAGAUAAAUUUUCAAGAGGACUCUUUUGUGUUAAUGGUGUACUAAUGUGGAGAACUAAACUUAAAAUUGGGAAACUGAGGGAAAUGGUAAUGGACAGAUUCGUUCAUGCCUUCUCUUACCCACACAAAAUGUGGGGAGAAUGGAUGACAAGCAGGCAGAAUCUCCUGCCGCUGCCCUGUUGCUUGCCACCAGAGGCAGAUUUAGGGCUGUGUGGGCGGUGUGCAUGCACUAGGCACUGAGCUUAAGCCCGGUGUGUGAGGUGCUGGGCUUUGGGAAAGAAGCAGGAGACUCCUAAAGGGCCCUAGAGCCCCCAAACCUCCUUCUCAAAGUCAGACACCUCCUUAUCUGCCUUUGGGAAGGCAGCGCGAAGGCAGGGCACCAAAUGUUGGCCUUGCACAGGGACCAUAGUAGCCAGGUCUGACACAAUUGCCAGAAUGUUGCUGUUGUUACUGCUGCCAAAAUGUGGGGUGACCAGAUGGGCAUGCCACUGCUACCAUCACCAUGCUCUUCCUCUGCCACCACUGCACAACUCUACUUGCUGCUCACCUGCCAAGCCAAUUGGGAGAACUGGAGGAGGUGGGUCAAAAUGACAAGGAAAGGUGCAAGUUGGCACAGGAUGGUGCCCUUCUACCUUCUUUCCACUUCCACUCUUCCUGUCCAGCUCCCUCAGCAGUAGUGACAGCAGUGGGUGGCCUGGAAAUUGGGCCAUUGGCCCAGAGACCUGAAGAUUGGAUAUUGGUGCAUCCAAACCUACAGUCGAAAUUCUGGCAACCUUAUAGGAAGCAUUAGAACAUUUUAAACAUAUAUGUCUUAAGACUGGGCCCAAGAUUAUAUAAAAGCUUCCAGACUGAAGCAAGACUAUCAAUUGCUAAAGAUGCUAAUAAAAGACAUCUGCCUUCUUUUCCUCCAGGUGUUUGACCCCAAUAGGUUCUCAUCCGAAAAGUCAUCUCAGAGGCAUUCUCAUGCUUUUGUGCCUUUUGCAGCUGGACCAAGGUGAGGAUAUAGACUGUUCAGUGUCACGGUCUGAUUUACUCUUGGCUUAAUUAGGCAGCAAGCAGAUACUUACGGGGUUUCAAACAGUUUAUGAUAUACGGUAAUUGCUCUCCGAGCCAUUCACAGUGACUGACUGUCAUUAACACAUUGAGGUAUCUGAACUAUGUCCUCGCUUCCAACAGCAUAUCCUCCAGGAGCCCCCUCCCUCCCUUCUCUUUGAUUGACGCCUCUCUUUAACCCUCAUGAACCUAUGAGCGUGAGCAGAUUCAUACUGAUAUACUGCCCCUUCCUCUGAUGUAUUUUCCUCCUUCUCAGUUGCUACCUGAUACUCCUUAUCAGUGCCUGGGCUUUCUGCCAGCCCUCGCUCACUGUCAUGAGAAACUGUCUCUUCCUCUCUGACAUGAGAAGCCAAGGAGGAUUGAGGGGGGCUGGAUUCAAACUGCUGUGGAAGAAUGAGAGGUUCCUUGCUGCCUCUCUGAAGAUCCCUGUCUCUGCAGAUCUCCUCUUCUUCCUCACCAUUGUCGCUCUGGGGUGCCAUGUCUCUGACAUUCAGGCCAGAUGAGUGAGAGGUUGCUGAUGAGCAAUAGGGAGGAGAGAAAGAAGCUUGUCUAUGGAGUCUGGUGGAGAAUCUGUUGCUGGGCUAGAAGUUCCAUUGCCCCUGACCACUGGUCAUACUGCUUGAAGGAAGCUGGAGUCUAACAACAUCUGUAGGGCCACAGGUUCCCCACCAAUGACCUAGAACAUAUUUGCAGGUGGCUACAAAAAGAUUACAUUAAUUGUCACAUUUGAGUGAUGUAUUGCUACAGGAAGUAAAAAAAAAAAAGCAGGGGCUUGGAAAGGGGCAUGUAUUUCUGUCCCACCCCUUCUGCUGGCUGGAGGCAAUGUCCUCAAGAGGCCUGACUUGCUUUUUGGGAGAAACCAAAGCUAUGAUAAUGGAGAGCCUAUUGGGUUGUGGGUUGUGAGUGCUUUGAACCUUCCGCUACUGUAAAAAACAAAACAAAAUAACACCUCACAUUGCAGAAGUGCCAUAAGUAUCCUGUGACCUUCAUUCCAAGGAAACCAAUCCUGGAGCACAUUCAGGAACCCCUGAAACCUUUCAACACACUCAGGGAUUGGGGGAAGCAUUCCAGCAUGCAUCAAGGUCCAAGGCUCCGAGAGGAUUUGGGUUUCCUUGUUAAUGGUUGGGAACCUAUCCAGGCUGAAAGUUGGAAUGAAAGUAUUUUGACAGGCAGAGUCAGCAUUUUCAGGUAAAGCUCCUGCAUUAUGAUUAACUGCUUCUUAAUAGAUUUUCCUGACUUUUCUCUCUUUCCUCAGGAAUUGCAUUGGGCAGCAGUUUGCCAUGAACGAGAUGAAAGUGGCCCUUGCCCAAAUCCUACUCCGGUUUGAAAUCUUGCCAGAUCCAGCAAAGCCUCCUGUUCCAAUCCCCCAGGUUGUCUUAAAAUCUCAAAAUGGGAUACACCUGUUGCUAAAGAAACUCAGCUGAUAGCAUAUACAAUUGUAGGGUUGGACAGGUCAUCUAAUCUAACCCUCUGCAAUGCAGUAAUUAAUAAAAUGACAUAUUUAAAG